ACUAAACGAUUCUUUUGAGAAGCUGAGAUGGAAGGAGAGAGCGUAAAACUACACGGAAUUUGGGCUAGUACAUACUCCAAGAGAGUAGAACUGGCCCUCAAACUCAAAGGCAUACCUUACGAGUACAUAGAAGAAGAUUUGAGAAAAAAGAGUCAAUUGCUCCUGAAAUACAAUCCAGUUCACAAAAAGAUUCCAGUACUUGUUCACAAUGGAAAACCUAUAGCCGAGUCGUACAUCAUCAUCGAAUACAUUGACGAAACUUGGAAGACUGGUCCUAAGCUGUUCCCUGAAGAUCCUUAUGAAAGAGCCAAAGUUCGAUUCUGAUUUAGCUUCAUCCAGCAACAGUUGUUUGAGAGCUUGGCACAAGUAGUGACGACUUACGGUCAGGUUGAAGCACAAGAACAAGCAGUGAAGGACGUGUUUGAGACUGAUUUGAAGAAGGAAUAUCUCACAGGAGGAGCUUCUUUCACCAAUGGAACGAAUUUGGGACUUCUGGACAUAUUGAUGGUUGCAACAUUCGGCCCUCACAAGGCUGAUGAAGAAGUGUUUGGUAUCAAAAUGAUGGACCCAGAUAGGAACCCGUUACUGUACUCAUGGAUUACAGCACUGAAGGAGCAUCCCUUAGCGAAAGGAAUAGACCCUCCUCAUGACAAGCAUGUUGAGCUCCUCCACUUUUUCAAACCAACAAAUCAAGCUAGAGGGACUGAAUCACAUUAACCACACAUUAUGCGACACACUCGUUGUGCACCUAGCAAUGCAAUAUUGAUCAGCUAGUCAUUACGGAUGGCUGGUUCAGCUGCAUACUCUUUUCAUGGUUUUCUAGAAAAAAUAAAUAUAAGCUCUGGCUUAGGCCGACCUUUCUGGGUU